AUGGACCCUAACGAUACCCUGCUCCCGUCGUCUCUGACCAGGCUCUCCAUCGACUAUACAACGUUCGAAUGGCUCCCUAACUUGGAGAAUCUGGAGAAUUUGGCGGAACUGAGACUUAAUCUGUGUGCCAAGCUCAAAGCGAUCCAAGGGGUUGGAAGGUUGAAAGCGCUGCAGACUCUUGAGAUUUCUUCCUUGCGUUGUUUGAAUAGUCUGGAUGGACUUGUGGAUCUCAUGUCUUCUUGUAACUACAAGCUGACCAACUUAAUUAUAUGGCGCUGCCCUCUCCUGAUUACAGCACUAGAUGAGUACUGCAGAUCAGAAUCAGCACUACCCAGGCUCAAAGUCUUGCAGAUAGGAGGGGUACUGAGGUUCAGCAAUGAUAGUAGUGGAACAACCAUGCUGGAAGGGCUUGAGAAUCUGACAGAGUUGGUGGAGUUGGUGCUGGUCAACUUGCCGUCGGUGCAGAGACUACCUUCACUGUCGAAGCUGAGAGCACUGCAGCGCUUAAUUGUGUGGGACAUUCCAAAUCUGCGGGAGAUCGAGGGGCUUGAAGGGUUGAAAUCACUGAAGAAGUUGCAAGUGGGCGCAUACACGUCCCUCGAGAGAUUGGCUAUUGCUGAUUUACCUUCAGGCAUGGAGUGGUUGACUCUGGACCUUAGAGGCUGCACCAAUUUCACCACCGAUCUGUCUACCUUGAAACUUCAAUGGAGCACAGGAAAAAUCCGGUGGCCUGAUAGAAACCUAUUUUUAGGGUUCUAUUGA